AGUUCACAACUCGUACACAUAGCAUAGCUGACAACUGUAAAGCUUUACACGAAAGCUCAAUCGUAUGUGCUUGUGCUUUGUACUGUGAUCAUUGUGAUCGACUUCCAUUCCGACGCAUUGGAACAACUUUUCGAACUACGAGCAACAAGUUGGCCAGCGCUGCUGCUCAGUCGGUUUUAGUUCUGUUGGAGUAAAGCAGCAGCAACGUUCAACGCAAGUGGAACGCCAAAAUAGAAAAUUGUAGAUUCCAAGUAAAGCAACAUGUCCAACUUAAAGCGUUUCGAUGACGAGGAGCAGGAGUCCAAAUAUGGACGCGUCUUCGCCGUCUCUGGUCCUGUCGUUACGGCGGAGUGCAUGUCCGGCUCUGCUAUGUACGAGCUGGUGCGUGUGGGCUACUAUGAGCUGGUGGGUGAGAUUAUCCGUCUAGAGGGUGACAUGGCCACCAUUCAGGUGUACGAGGAAACCUCGGGCGUCACAGUCGGUGAUCCCGUCCUGCGCACGGGCAAGCCGUUGUCGGUCGAACUGGGUCCCGGUAUUAUGGGAAGCAUUUUUGAUGGUAUCCAGCGUCCGUUGAAGGACAUCAACGAACUGACCGAGUCCAUUUAUAUACCCAAGGGUGUCAAUGUGCCAUCUCUGUCACGUGUGGCCAGCUGGGAAUUCAAUCCGCUAAACGUAAAGGUCGGCUCCCACAUCACCGGCGGAGAUCUGUACGGUCUCGUGCACGAGAACACACUGGUCAAGCACAAGAUGAUCGUCUACCCACGUGCCAAGGGCACAGUGCGCUAUAUUGCCCCCUCAGGCAACUACAAAGUGGACGAUGUUGUGCUGGAGACAGAAUUCGAUGGCGAGAUCACCAAGCACACCAUGUUGCAAGUGUGGCCGGUGCGUCAGCCACGUCCCGUUACCGAGAAGCUGCCCGCCAAUCAUCCCCUGCUUACCGGACAGCGUGUCCUCGACUCCCUCUUCCCCUGCGUCCAGGGCGGCACCACAGCCAUUCCCGGUGCCUUCGGUUGCGGCAAGACUGUCAUCUCCCAGGCUUUGUCCAAGUACUCCAAUUCGGAUGUCAUCAUCUAUGUCGGUUGCGGUGAGCGCGGUAAUGAGAUGUCUGAGGUAUUGCGUGAUUUCCCCGAACUGUCUGUUGAAAUCGAUGGCGUAACGGAAUCCAUCAUGAAGCGUACGGCUCUGGUGGCCAACACCUCCAACAUGCCUGUCGCUGCUCGUGAGGCUUCCAUUUACACUGGCAUCACGCUCUCAGAAUACUUCCGUGACAUGGGUUACAACGUCUCCAUGAUGGCUGAUUCCACCUCCCGUUGGGCUGAGGCUCUGCGUGAGAUCUCCGGUCGUCUCGCUGAAAUGCCUGCCGAUUCCGGUUAUCCGGCUUAUCUGGGUGCACGUCUCGCCUCCUUCUACGAGCGUGCCGGUCGCAUCAAGUGUUUGGGUAAUCCCGAGCGUGAGGGUUCCGUGUCCAUUGUGGGUGCUGUCUCACCACCCGGUGGUGAUUUCUCCGAUCCCGUUACGUCCGCUACUCUGGGUAUUGUGCAGGUGUUCUGGGGUCUGGACAAGAAGUUGGCCCAGCGCAAACAUUUCCCCUCCAUCAACUGGCUCAUCUCGUACUCGAAGUAUAUGCGUGCCCUGGACGAUUUCUAUGACAAGAACUUCGCCGAAUUUGUGCCACUGCGUACCAAGGUCAAGGAAAUUCUGCAAGAGGAAGAGGAUCUAUCCGAAAUUGUGCAACUUGUGGGCAAGGCAUCGUUGGCGGAGACCGACAAGAUCACCCUCGAGGUGGCCAAGCUGCUCAAGGAUGAUUUCCUGCAGCAGAACUCGUAUUCGUCCUAUGAUCGUUUCUGCCCCUUCUACAAGACCGUCGGCAUGCUGAAGAACAUCAUCGAUUUCUACGAUAUGGCCCGUCACUCUGUCGAAUCGACAGCCCAAUCCGAGAACAAGAUCACCUGGAACGUCAUCCGUGAGGCUAUGGGCAAUAUUAUGUACCAGUUGUCCUCCAUGAAAUUCAAGGAUCCCGUCAAGGAUGGUGAGGCCAAGAUCAAGGCUGACUUCGAGCAGCUGCAUGAGGAUUUGCAGCAGGCCUUCAGAAAUCUGGAGGAUUAGAGCACGUUGUCCGUACUUUUACACCCUAAUCUAAUAUUGUUAUGUAGUUAACUUUUACAAAUUGCAACAGAAAACAAUUCCGUGCAACAACAGCAGCAAUCGCAACAAAAGAUUCCAAGCGUCCAGAAAAAAAAAAUCUAUUGUUAACAUUCCUUGUUUAAAAAGUCAGAGAUAUGAAAACAUUCCAGCCUGCGGUUGCUACUUCCCCACUCUACUUGCAACAACAACAGCCACAGCAACUAACUAACGUCCUUCUAUGUACUUCCAUUGCCAAUACAUACACAGAGACACACACACGCAUACACACACAUACACACACACACGCAGUUACAAAUGCAUGCAUAGUAUUAUUGUUUAAUGAAUGGAAAUUCUUUUGUUUAUUUGUGAAAAAAGUCAUGUUUUCUCUUUGUUUGUUUGUUUUUAAACUUAUGUAAAUAUUUAAAGUAUGAAAUAUUAAAUGUACGAAUAAAGUGCAAACAACAAAUACAUUUAAUGUAAUUGAAAGCAGACCUAUCUACCUCUCUCUCUCACUCUCACUCUAUUCCUUUCUCUCUGUUUAUAUAGUGCCCUCUUAUGGCAUGUGUGGAAUGAAAAAUUAAUUCCAGUGAUGUAAUUCCAAAUAAUUAUACUCCUCCUUUUUUUGUAUUCUCCUUUAAAUCUGUUUUGAGCGCGCAACACAUCAAUUUUUUACAAUUUAAUUUUCUUUCUCUGUACCCUUUUGCCACAACAACAACAAUUAUUUUAUACUAAUGGGAACCAAAAGCAACAACAAAGAAAUAUUCACAGUGCAGAUCAUGUUCUCUUUACUUCUUUUAUAACCUGGAAAAGCAACCAAAAUUUUAAAUUUGGUUGCUGUCCGCAGUGUUUGGACAAAAAGUAAUAUAUUUUUUUUGCUGUUAGCGAUUUUUUUUUACUUCCUUACAUAAUCUUAUGUGUUACAAUUACAAUUUGAAUA